AUGCCAGGCACCAAAAAGUCAAAAGCGACCCUUGAUACUGCAGAGACUCUAUCUGCAGGCUCCGCAUCCUCGGACGAGUCCGAUUACCUGGACAAUGCAGCAGCCCGCAAGCGACGUCGAACGAAAGACAACAACUCGAGCGACGAGGAAGAGGACGGCGGCGUCCAGGUCGAGAGCGACGAGGACGGGCAAGAUGGUCCCAAACAAGCCAUGAAGCCUAUACUCGCUUCAUUUGCGGCACCAUCCCGUAUCAAGAAGAAGGGUGCAGCCACUGCGCCGGCGGCCAAGCCAGCUGUCGAGGCCGUCCAGACCCAGGUUCUGGCGCCCACCGAUCCCAACACCACGUUCGCGGCCCUCGGCGUCCGACCGUGGCUCGUGCAGUCGCUCGCCAACAUGGCCAUCCGGCGGCCGACGGGCAUCCAAAAGGGCUGCGUGCCGGAAAUUCUCCGCGGACGGGACUGCAUUGGUGGCAGCCGGACGGGUUCCGGCAAGACGGUCGCCUUUGCGGUGCCGAUGCUGCAGAAGUGGGCAGAGGAUCCGUCAGCCGUGUUUGGCGUGGUGCUGACGCCGACGCGCGAGCUGGCGCUGCAAAUAUACGAGCAGUUCCGCGCCGUCGCCGCGCCGCAGAGCCUCAAGGUGGUGCUCAUCACGGGCGGCGCCGACAUGCGGCCGCAGGCCAUUGCGCUCAAGCAGCGGCCGCACAUCAUCAUCGCGACGCCGGGUCGACUCGCGGACCACGUGCGCACGUCGGGCGAGGACACCGUCUGCGGUCUGCGACGCGUGCGCUUCAUCGUCUUGGAUGAGGCGGACCGGCUGCUGCACGCGGCGGGGCCCGGGAGCAUGCUGCCCGACGUCGAGGAGUGCCUGUCGGUGCUGCCGCCGCCGACGGAGCGCCAGACGCUGCUCUUCACCGCGACCAUGACGCCCGAGGUCCGCGCGCUCGAGGCCAUGCCGCGGAAGCCGGGCAAGCAGCCCGUGUUUGUGUGCGAGGUGGACACGCAGACGCUCGCGGUGCCGGCGACGCUUAGCCAGUACCACCUCCAGGUCCCCGUCACCCACAAGGAGCACUACCUGCACGUCCUGCUCCUGACCGAGGCCAAUGUCGGCAAGACGGUCAUUCUCUUCUGCAACCGCACCGCGACGGCGGAUUUCCUGCACCACAUGCUGCGGCUGCUCGACCACCGCGUCACGUCGCUGCACUCGAAGCUGCCGCAGCGCCAGCGCAUCGACAACCUGGCGCGCUUCCGCGCGUCCGCCGCGCGCAUCCUCAUCGCCACCGACGUCGCCGCGCGUGGUCUCGACAUCCCCGAGGUCAGCCUCGUCAUCAACUACGACGUCCCGCGCGAUCCGGACGACUACAUUCACCGCGUCGGCCGUACCGCGCGCGCGGGCCGCGCGGGCGAGGCCGUGACGUUUGUCGGCCAGCGCGACGUCGAGCUCGUGCUCGCCAUUGAGAAGCGCGUGGGCCGCGACAUGGAGGCGUGGGCCGAGGAGGGCGUCAACCUGGAGACGCGCGUGCUGCGCGACGCGCUCAAGACGGUUAGCGAGAAGAAGCGCGAGGCUCUGCUCGAGGUGGAGGAGAACAAGGAGGUUGGCGGCAAGAGGAAGAGGACAAAGCAGAAGCUGCGCGCGGUGUAG